CUAAUAGUAAACACCUUAUCGCACUGUUAGAGCGGUCUAGUCGCUUGCCGUCAGUCGGUUUGGGGCUUUGGACUUAAUAAGGUGCACAUUUUCAUUGUUGUUUUUUUUCUAUAACACGUGGUUGGCGCGUUUUGAAUAUAGCAGCAUAACCGUUUCUUAAAAAUACCGAUCAUACUAAAAUUAGCUGCGCUAACUAUGUGAUUGACUUUGGAAAUAGGAGGAUUAGUUCUGGUCUGUAAUAACAUUUUCUAGUUCAGCUUGUGUAGUUCAAUUGUUUCAUAAUGGAAUUCGAGGAUAAAAGUAAAAUGCAGAUUAACAGGAGAUUGUUGUACAUAUUCCUGUUGUUAUUUAUUAUAAUACCAGUUGUUGUCGGGGUUUUGGUGUGGCAUUUUACGAAAGACCAUUAUGAAAAAUCUCAAUCGUCAACAGAUAGUAUUGUCGGUGGUGAAGAAACGACUCUUAUGACCACUACUCAUGGAUACUACCCAGACCAACCAUGGAGAAAUUUACGUCUUCCGCGUACCAUCGUUCCAGUUCAUUACGACAUCACUCUUUACCCUGAUUUUUACGAAGAUAAUGGUUGGUUUUAUGGAAAUGAAACAAUUACAAUUCGCAUUGACGAACCUUCCAAAUAUAUUCUUGUUCAUUAUAAAUAUAUGAAUAUUACACGGACAGUACUUACUAACCAUAGAAAUGGAAAUGUCAUUGCUAUAGCACAAACUUUUUCCAAUGAGGAAAAUCAAUUUUGGGUAGUUGAGACAGAAGAAUCGUUAGCAGCAGGGACCACAGUGGAUCUGUUUUUGCAGUUCGAUGGAUCGCUUACAAAUGCAAUUGUGGGCUUUUAUAAAAGUACCUAUGUCAACUCGCAAACAAAUGAAACCAGAAAUCUGGCAACUUCAAAAUUUGAACCAGUUGAUGCUAGAAGAGCUUUCCCUUGUUUUGAUGAACCUAAUAUUAAAGCUGAAUAUACUAUUCAUCUAAUACACAGACCAGAGUACACACCGUUAUCUAAUAUGCCAGCUAAUUCUCCAUCAAUGGAGGUUAGCUGGUCAGCAGAUCUAGUGAAAACAUCUUUUCAGAGAUCAGUUAAAAUGAGCACAUAUCUCGUCUGCUUUAUUGUGUGCGAUUUCAAAUACUUAGAAGCCACAACAUCAACAAAUAAAACGUUGAGAGUUUAUGCCACACCAGAUAAGAUAGACCAGGCACAAUACGCUUUAGAUGUAGGUAAACAUACCAUGGAGUAUUAUGAGCAGAUAUUUGAACUUCCUUAUCCGUUGCCUAAACAAGAUAUGAUAGCUAUCCCGGAUUUUGUAUCUGGUGCUAUGGAACAUUGGGGUCUUAUUACCUACAGAGAGACCAAUCUUUUAUACGAUGAGAGUAGCGCUUCUUCUACCAAUAAACAGAGAGUUGCAACAGUAAUCGCCCACGAGGUUGCACAUCAGUGGUUUGGUAACAUAGUUACUAUGGAUUGGUGGGAUGACCUCUGGUUAAAUGAGGGUUUUGCUAGUUUUAUGGAAUAUUUUGGUGUUGACACCUACGAGACGGAUUGGGACAUGAUGGGCCAGUUUGCAAUACUUGAUCCACAACCUGUCAUGGUAUUAGAUGCUGGAUUAGAAUCUCAUCCAAUUGUUGUUCCUGUCCAGAAACCAAGUGAAAUUAAUGAAGUAUUUGAUGCUAUAUCAUACAAUAAGGGUUCAUCAGUAAUUCGUAUGAUUGAGUCAAUUAUGGGAAAGGAUAAAUUUUUCAGUGGAGUUGCGAAAUAUCUCAAGAAAUACGAAUGGGGUAACGCAAAAACAGAUGAUUUAUGGCAGACGCUGAGUGAGGUUGAUGGAGCCCCCAAUGUUAAACAUAUUAUGGAUACGUGGACACGUCAGAUGGGUUUCCCCUACAUUAAUGUGACGUUUAAUACUGAAACAAGUAAUGUGGGGAAGUCAACAGUAUCUGCUUCACAGAGACGUUUCCUUAGCGAUGCAAACACAACCUUUGAUGCCGCUGAAUCCGAAUUUGGGUAUAAAUGGUACGUGUCACUUAAUUACAUAACAUCUGAUGGAACAAAUGGUAGUCAAGCUUUAGAUUUAACCGAUCAGACCUUCACUAUUAAUAUAGAUAUCAGAGAUCAAACAAAAUGGAUAAAGUUUAAUGCUGGUCAAACGGGGUUUUACAGAGUUACCUACCCUGAUGAUAUAUGGAUUAGAUUUGCAACGGUAUUAGCUAAUGGUGUUACAGGGUCAUUACCAAUGAGUGCUGUGGACAGAUCGGGUUUAUUAGAUGAUGCAUUCAGUUUAGCAGCUGGGGGAUAUCUCAGCUAUGACGUAAUGCUGAGUAUGACUUUAUACUUGGAUAAAGAAGACAGUUACAUUCCUUGGGAUUCAGCUGCCACUGGAAUCAACUAUAUUAGUCAUAUGUUAGAAUAUGGUUCAGAUUUUGGGUCAUGGAGGAGCUAUGUACUUGCCAGAGUAAAACCAGCACUGAAUCGUAUAGGUUAUACGGACACAGGAUCUCAUUUACAGAAGACACUCCGAGUUCAGCUAAUAGAUUUAGCUUGUUAUCAUGGUGAUGAAGAUUGUCUAAACUUCGCAGCUUCCCAAUUUAGGAACUGGUUAGACAAUGGCAUCGCGGUAAAUCCUAAUCUGAGAACAACCGUAUAUAAAUAUGGAAUGUCUAAAAUUGGUACAUCAUCAGACUGGGAGCUCAUCUGGCAGAAAUACAAAACAGAAACUGUCCCUCAAGAACGGGUUAAGUUAUUAUACUCCCUGUCUCAAACUAAAACAAUAUGGCUACUUUCCAGAUAUUUAGAUUAUGCCAAUGAUCCGGAUAAAGUACGAUCACAAGAUUUCUUCACGGUUAUAAUCUACAUAGCGCAAAAUCCUGCUGGUAAUAAUUUAGCCUGGAAUUGGGUUCGUGAAAACUGGCCAAAACUCGUAGACAGAUUCACCUUAUAUUCUCGACAUCUUGGUCGCCUGGUACCUUCAAUAAUAUCUGGUUUUAAUUCUGAAUUCCGUCUCCAAGAGGUUACGAGUUUCUUUGAAAAAUAUCCAGACGCUGGUUCUGGUUCUAGAGCAAGAAGGCAAGCUCUGGAGAAAAUAGCUGUAAAUGUGAACUGGAUGACGAAAUAUAGCUCUGUUGUUAUUGAAUGGCUAAAAUAAAACAUGCGUAGGCGCCUGUGUCUUCCUAUAAACUUAAGUUUAAUGUGUACCAUAUAUUAUCUAUAAUUAUAUGUGUGAAGUAAUGAGUAUUCAAUAUAAAAUAUUACAAAUGUAUAUUACGAUUUAUCAGGGAGGUUAUGUAUGAUCAUUUAUACAUAUUAUAUGGAACAGUUAAGAAGUUACUAAGUAAUCUUUCAGAGACAUUAAGUGUUCUAAUAAAUACAUGUAGUAUAUAGUUUAUGAUUGUAAUUUUGAUGUUAAGAGUUUUAAAUACAUGUAAAAAUUUAUACAAACGCCUUUUUUAUAUUUUGAUUGUAUUUAUCAUUUUCUUGUGUAUACUAGUUUUAUGUGUAUAUAUCAUCAUUCCUCGACAUUUAGUGUGGAAUAAUAAAAAAAAGCAUGUGUUAGAUUUACAAAACAAGACAUGAAUUGUUAAUAAAACGGCCAGAGCAUAAAUUACUUUGGUUAUAUUACCAGUAAUAUUAAUCCUUAAAGAUUCUUUCCCGCGUACAAAUUGGGUGAUUUGAUGAGAUAUUUGGACUAAAAUGAUAUUCAAACUAAUUAAUCUAUCAACAUUUUGAUUCAAAUCCUUCUCAAAACAUUGUAUUCGCGAGGAAAUACUUCAAGCUAUAAAAAACUUUUAUAAUAAGUCAUUAUUUGUGUCACGUAACUUGGCUGUCGCGGUACCUAACAACGGGUUUGAGGAGAAUGAGGAGAAUUCAUUCUAUAUAAAAGACGAAGUUGUCUUUAACUUCUGUCCAUUUAACAUAAAUAUCGAAGCCUAAUUAAAUUCCGGGAUUAUCCACUGUCCACGUCUUUUUCCGUGGUUUUUAUCUUUCACUUCUUCCUAGUCAGCUCACUACAUCAAGCCCUCCCUAACGCUGAGAGAUUAGACAGUCUUCGCGAGAAACCUUUGACGUCACUCGAGCAGGCAGCUAUUAAUCGCCAGGCUGCCAAUUAGUGACACCCUCUCAUUUUUGUCUUGUGCGUAAUUUGCGUAUUACAUAAAUGAUAUUAAAUGGGGUAUAGCGUUCUGACAGCGGUGCCAAGACCUACUCUAAAAUCGAAUUCCAUAUAACAAGGGGGAACCACCCUGGAAAAUCACGGUGAACUUUCACGGCCAACACGUCUUAUUCACCGAACCAUUUCAGCCGCCCAUUAGAGUAGAUUCAAUUUAUUGGAUUUGAUCUCCAUUUCUGAAAAUGGAAUCUCCAGAAUAUAAAGUCAAUUUCCCAGUUCCUUUAUAAUCGUGGCAUUCGCAGCACUCGCGGCUUAGCAUCCUGGUCGAGAAGAACAUUCCGAUUCCUACAAGACUAACCUGGGAAAACCACGACACCCGUCAUGGAAGUACUGAAAACUGAAUACGAUCAGUACAGGGGGACGUAUUGUCCAGGCUUAUGUUUUGUUUGAAUUAGGUUGAUUACUAAUUGUUCACAUUACAAAUGAAUACGCGAUAAGUAAGUAAACUUUAAAUGUCUUAUAACACAGAACUCCCCCUAUCAAAUGAGCUAAUGGCUAACUAAUGUUGUCAUCAGUUACAAAUGUUUUGACAACAUUAACCAGAUCGUGCAAGACCUAAAGGAUCUCUAAAGCUGACGUAACACUACAGAAAUCUAACCAAAUGAUCUGGAUAAUAUUCCGUAAAGAUAAAACUUUGAAAUUUGUUAUUAUAAUAAACCUAAACUUUUUCCCUUGUUUAAGCUUUUCUAAAAUAAAGAUCUAUAAUUAAAAUC